UAUAAGACUCACUUACUUUUAGCACAUCCUCCCACAGCUUUUUGUUUAUUUAACACAUUUUCUUCAUUUCUUCAGAAGACACAAAAAACUAUAUGAAGAAACUGAAAAAUGCUGACAGUUGGAUUAAUUUUAUUCCUUUGUCCAGUUCAUCUUGUAAAAACACAAACAGAUUUUCAGUCACAUGACAAUCUGGUUUUUGUUAAUGAAGGAGACAGUGUAAACAUUACUUGUCUUUACCAAAGUGAAAUGGCCAUGCAUUUCUCAUGGUACAAGCACAAACUUGGUCAAAAGCCUAUACUCAUUUCCAAUUUCUACAAAUAUGAUAAAAAGGCUACAUUUCAUCAUGAAUUCCAGGACAAUGCUCGUUUUAACAUGGUGAACGAGAAAGGCUUAACUCAUUUGGAAAUAAAAGCGAUACAGUUCUCUGACUCGGCUGUAUAUUACUGUGGAAGUGCUUAUUCCAACAUAGUCGAGUUUGGGGAAGGAACUGAGCUGGUAGUACAAGCUUCACAGAUGCAUAGUCUUUCUGUGCUACAGCAACCUGUGCUAGGACUGACUAAUCCCGGAGCCUCUGUGACUCUGCACUGUAUUAUCACUGCGGAUCGCUGUGCUGGAAAACAUAGUGUCUACUGGCUCAGAUAUAACUCUGGAAAAUCUCAGCCAGGGAUCAUCUACACUAAUGAAGACAGCAAUGGUUUAUGUAAGAAGAAACCUACAGAUAAUUCUCCUACACAGACGUGUGUUUACAGUCUGCCCAAGACAAACCUCAGUCUCGCAGAUGCUGGAACAUAUUACUGCGCUGUAGCUGCGUGUGGAGAGAUCCUGUUUGGAAAUGGAACUAAGCUGGAUGUGAACAUAACAGGUCAGAGUUGCUCUGAACACAUUCACAUGUUGGUUCUCUUUUCUAUACUAAGAUCUUCUGUUCUUUUGUGUUGUGUUAUUCUGAUUAUGAUAUACACCUGGAUGGCCAGAAAAGCAGCAUCUUCAUAUAAAAAGGCCUGGAGGAAAAACACUUACUUGCCCAUACAGAAAAAGAGAAUGUCUAAAAUGAUUUCAUAUUUUUUCUUCCUGCUGUGCACAUCUGUCAAUCUUUCAUCUGGUGAAGAUGAGUCCUGGCAGGAGCCACUAAUAACUGCUGAAGUUGGACACAGUGUAAACCUGUCAUGUUUAUGUAAAAAGAGAAUGACAACUAUUGUAUGGCUCAGACAAAACCUUGGAGAGAAGCCUUAUGUCAUUGCUACAUCAUAUCAGUUUCAAUCUCCAAUGUUUUAUAAUAAUUUUGACAAGAACGGCCGCUUCAGUGCCACGAUCGGACCUUUCACUUUUAACCUGAGCAUCUUAAAUCUAAAACUAUCAGACUCUGCCACUUACUACUGUGCUAUCACAUUUCUUUAUGACAUAACCUUUGAACAAGGAACAGUUCUGAUCGUGAAAGAUCAUUCAUUAAAAAGCAGCACACUUAUCCAGCAGAAAAAAGGUCAGCUGGUUGGAGACUAUGGGUCUCAGUGUACACUCGUCAACGACCGCUGUGAAGGAAAUCACAGCGUCUACUGGUUCAGACACCGCUUAGGAGAACCUCAGCCAGGCAUCAUUUACACUCAAGGACAAAGCAGUGAUCACUGUGAGAAGAACUUCACUGGUGGUUCUCUGACACAGACAUGUGUUUACAGUCUCCCCAAGAACCUCAGCCUGUCUGAUACAGAAACAUACUUUUGUGCUGUGGCUGCAUGUGGAGAGAUACUGUUUGGGAACAGAAUUAAACAGCUUACCACAGAUGCUCAAUUUCACAUUAAUGUUCUUGUCCUUCUCUCCAUCAUAAGAUCAGCUGUGGUUGUUUUCACUUUAACUGUUUGUCUACUCUAUACCUGUAUACGUCAUUAACAAAAGUUGUUAACAUUUUCUUUGUAAAGGUCUUUUGCUAAAAGCCUGUAUUUGUAAAGGUUAACGACUAAGCUUAUGAUUAUUUACAAUUAAUUGUGAUGUUACGUUGACUUUAUUGUUAUUUGUUACAAAGUUAAAAAAAUAAGUUCUAACUUCAUUAAUUUCAUGCCCUACAAUAGUUAGUUCUUGUAUACAAAUUUGAUUGGAUGAGCGGCGUUCCCAAAGUACUGACAUGUACACUGGUACAUUUCACUGUUUGUACCACUCCACAUUGUAGCGAAUUUUUAAUGCUGAAUGAUGUUGUUACGCUUACUUCUGUGAAUAAUUCUGUCUCUAUCCGUCUUAGGCUUAAUUGGGAACUCUUAUGGUUGGCAGAACGAGCAAAAAUAAAUACUAUAAUUGGUUGUAUAA